AUUUAUUUCACUCACACACCAAAAUCCAGAAACCCCUUUCUUCACACUCUUCAAACCUCAAAAAAAACAUAAUCAAACAUUUGAGGUUGUUUCUUUCUACAUUAACAACACAAAAUUUCUUGUCUUUUCCUUCUCUCACUCUCAAUCUCACCACAACACUUUCCAUUUUUACACCAUGAGUGCAUCAAAGUUCAUUAAAUGUGUCACUGUUGGUGAUGGUGCUGUUGGAAAAACUUGCAUGCUCAUUUGCUACACCAGCAACAAAUUCCCAACUGAUUAUGUACCUACAGUUUUUGAUAAUUUUAGUGCAAAUGUAGCUGUGGAUGGAAGCAUUGUGAAUUUGGGGCUAUGGGACACUGCAGGGCAAGAAGACUAUAGUAGGUUGAGGCCAUUGAGCUAUAGAGGAGCAGAUAUAUUUGUGUUAGCAUUUUCAUUGAUUAGUAGAGCUAGCUAUGAAAAUGUUCUUAAGAAGUGGAUGCCAGAACUGCGAAGAUUUGCUCCAAAUGUUCCUAUUGUUCUUGUUGGUACAAAGUUGGAUCUUCGCGAAGAUCGUGGAUAUUUAGCUGAUCACAUGGGAUCCAAUGUUAUAUCAUAUGCUGAGGGAGAAGAACUGAGAAAACAAAUUGGCGCUGCGGCGUACAUUGAGUGCAGCUCGAAGACUCAACAGAAUGUGAAAGCGGUUUUUGAUACCUCGAUUAAGGUUGUUCUUCAACCUCCGAGGAGGAAAGAAAUGCCGAGGAGGAAAAGGAAAAGAAGAUCUGGUUGCUCAUUUGUAGGCAUUGUUUGUGGAGGUUGUGCUGCAUAAUACACACAUCAAUUAUUUUUGGUGUGGAUGUUAUUUGGGUAAAGCUUCAAGGUCAUAUGUGGAAUUCUGACAUCUCAUUAGUGAUUAUAUGUCUAAAAAUGUAUCUUAUUAUGCUUUUGUUAGUAUAUCUAUCUAGCUAUUUUCAGUUCACAAAGACCCUAUUGGAUUCUGAAGGGAAUUUUUCAUUCUCUUAGCUGUUACCAGCCAUGUUUUGUACUAUUAUUAAUAUUAUUACCAAUUCAUAUUUUUUCCUU